AAACACCAUCAUAUUAUUUAUUAAUAUUCGCAUAUCAUUUUUGCAGAAUUGUUUACGUCUUUUGAUGUGAAAUUGUCAGGGCUGCCUAUUAUUAGCAUCAAACUGCUAACGUAACGACUGGUAUUCAUAACAAUUCACAAUCAGCUGUUUGGAACGAGUGAAACAUUACAGAUAGCGAAUAAAUGUUUUCAGAGUGCUUCCAUGUACUGAUAGUUGAGUGAUGUUCUAGUCCGAAUAACCUAACCUAACCCAGAAAAACUAACGCAAAUGGCAACAACAACGGGUAAAAGAGUGCAGGAUCUUCCACCAAGAGGAGGCUAUGCUUCUAUCCAAACAGAAAGGGUUAAACUACGUAGCAUUCUUGGCGCAAGGAGUACAAUUGGACUUUUCUUAACCGUUACACUUAGCGGUGCCUAUUGCUAUUAUCUGAAUUUUAAACUGAUCAGACGACAACAAAUCGAGAUGAGAAGUUCACGUUUGGCUAUAUGGCCAGCAUUGCUAGCGGAACGUGACAGAGCUGUCUUGAAGCAAAUGAGGCGUAAUCGAGAUGAGGAAGCUGAGUUAAUGAAAAAUGUUGAUAGAUGGGAAGUUGGAACAUACUAUGGAGAACCAAUAUUUUUCCUGGAUGACGAAAAUCAAUAUAGGGAUCCUUUAUUCAUGGAACAUUUUGCUCACUCUGAUCCAGAUUUCCUAAUGUCACGUAGUACGCGUCAUCUAUGGACAUAAGAGUAUCACCAGCAUUUGAGAUUCACGAUUCUGGUCAGUUGUGGCUUAUUGUGGAGCACAGCUAGUGCAGGUAGUCUAAAUAAUAAUGAGAAGUAUAAAGAUUGUAAAUUAUAAAUUAUCAUAAAUAACAUUUUGAAUCCACAGAUCAGAAUAAAAGCAUUAUAUU